ACAUUCACUCUCCACUAGAGAGGAAUGUCGCAAGGCUGGGGAAAGAAACUCUGGGUUUGCGACGUUAGCUCUCGCUUUCCGGCCAACACUGAGGUGCUUGAAGGCUGGUUGGGGUGGUGAGGCCUGAGGCAGCUCCUGGAUUUUCUGAGCAGCCUUGGACAGUACAAAAUGGACCCUGUAGUCUUGAGUUAUAUGGACAGUCUACUGCGACAAUCAGAUGUCUCUCUAUUAGAUCCUCCAAGCUGGCUCAAUGACCAUAUUAUUGGAUUUGCCUUUGAGUACUUUGCCAACAGUCAGUUUCGUGACUGUUCUGACCACGUCUGCUUCAUCAGCCCCGAAGUCACCCAGUUCAUCAAAUGCACUAGCAGCCCAUCAGAAAUUGCCAUGUUCCUUGAACCCUUGGAACUUCCACACAAGAAAGUUGUAUUUUUAGCCAUCAAUGAUAACUCUAAUGAGGCAGCUGGGGGAACCCACUGGAGUUUGUUAGUUUAUCUCCAAGAUAAAAAUAGCUUUUUUCAUUAUGAUUCCCAUAGCCGAAGCAACUCAUUUCAUGCAAAGCAGGUAGCAAAGAAACUAGAGGCUUUCUUAGGCAGAAAAGGAGACAAACUGGUCUUUGUGGAAGAGAAAGCCCCUGCUCAACAAAACAGCUAUGACUGUGGGAUGUAUGUGAUAUGUAACACUGAGGCUUUGUGUCAGAACUUCUUUAGGCAACAGCCAGAAUCACUACUGCAGCUACUUACCCCUACAUACAUCACAAAGAAGAGGGAAGAAUGGAAAAAUCUAAUUGCCAGACUUGCUAAAAAUUAGUUACUGAAGAAUAUCUGUGACUUUUGAAGUCUCCUCUUUCUGCCCUUCCCCAUACUUUCGAUGACCCGUCUCAGUGCCUGAGGGAAGAUGCUUGGUAGAGGAAGCUUAAUUUAAAAAAAAAAAAAAAGAAGAAGAAGAAGAAUGUUAUCCUCUGCAUUAUUCUAAUAGAAAGUUUCACUUUAA